CCCUCCCUCCGCGGAUCCCUUUUCUACGCGUGGAGCGACGCCCCCUGGUUUUGUAUCUCGGGCUGUCCCGGUUCUGUAGCGACAGGAAAUAAACCGACGGCUUUUCUUCACCGAGACCCCCCCACAGCAACCCACCCCCAGCACCGGGAGGAGCAAAGUGGGGUGAGAGAACUGGAGCAAAAGCUUCGCGCGGGGCUCACGUUGCCGGGGGGGAGCAGAAAGGGAACGGAGCGGAACGUGUGUGUGUGUAUGUGAGAGUAGGGGGAAGGUGCUGUGACCGACCGCUUCCGGCGGAAGUUACUGCAAGUGGCGGCGGGGCUUUGGGAUCGGGCUGGGCGUGUGGAUAAAGGGGGAGGAAGUGCUGGAAAGGACCACUUCCGGUGGAAGUUGGCUGCGGGGGUAGAGCUGGGGGGCUUUGGGACCGAGCUCGAGUUUCCGGGGGUAGUAGAAAAGGAACGGACGCGGGCGUGUGUGCGUUGCGGCACUUCCGGCGGAAGUUGACUGGGUGUUUAGAACAGGGCUCGAGUUUCCAAGGGGAGCACAAAGGGGACGGACCGAAGUGCGUAGGAAAGAAAUAAAACGCUGGAAUAACAACUUCCGACGGAAGUUUGCUGCGGGGUGGGGAACUUCCGGAAAGGGCUUGAGUUUCCGGCAGAGGGCUGCAGAAAACGAACGCAGGGCCGAAGCGUAAGCGCAACGGAAAGCUGCUCGGAAAGAUCACUUCCGGUGGAAGUCCUCAGUGGGAGAGGUCGGGGGGGGGGGAGGGGGUCACGAAGUUCCGUGUAGGAGCAGAAAGCGGCGUGAGCGGGAUGGAUGCGGGGGAAAGACGGAGCAACGGACCACUUCCGGUUGGGAGUGGAGAUACCGCCGGCUUCUGGCGGAAGCUGUUCCCGUAGUCACAGCCACAUCCGGCGGAAGCCGGGGGGCACAUCCGGCGGAAGUCGCCUCCGGGAGCAGCCGCCAUGGCGGCGCGCAGUACGGAGAACCCGGAGCCCUCCCCUCCACCGGACGCGGACCCGGACGUGGAGCCGCUGCCGCGGGGCGCGUUCCGCUGCCGCCUGUGCCACGUGACUGCGGCCAACCGGCCCAGUUUGAAGGAUCACCUCCGCGGCAAAAAACACCGGCGGCGGCGGAGCCUCCGGGCCGAGCGGCGCUCCCAGCAGCAGCGGAGCCUUUUUGUCAGCGGCUUCGCCCGCGGGACGGCGGCCGAGGAUCUGAAGGAGCAUUUUGCGGCCUUCGGGGAGGUGCAGGCGGUGGUGGUGGACAAGGAGAAGGGUGCCUACGCCAUCGUGGAGCUCCGGGAUGCAGAGGGAAGGGAGCGUGCUUUGGCCCAGCCCCACCACCACCUCCAUGGGCGCCGCCUCCGGGUGCGGCCAAGGGAGCAGAAGGAAUUCAAUGGUGGAACUUCAGGCCGGGGGGGCCGGGGGGAGACCCCCAUGGGGCCGGGGCAGAUGGAGCGGGAGCUGCGCAGUGCGGCUGAUGUGGACGCGCAGCUGACGCAGCUGGUGGCCCUGCAGGAGCUGAGCGAAGCCGAGCGCCGCCUGCGGCACCUCCUGCUCACACUCUUCCAGGAGGUGUUUUCUGAGUUCUUCCCCGGCUGCGCCGUACUUCCUUUCGGUUCCUCCGUCAAUGGUUUUGAUUCGCACUGCUGCGACCUGGAUCUCCUCCUGGAUCUGGAAGCCACCAAAUCUCUGGGGCGGGGCGACGGAUCCGAUGAAGAUUCCAUCCUCAGCGACAUCGAUCUGAGCUCUGCCUCCCCCGAGGAGCUCCUGGAUUUGGUGGCCACCGUCCUCCGUCGCUGCGUCCCCGGCGUCACCCGCGUCCGUCCCGUCCCCGCCGCCCGUCGUCCCGUCGUCAAGUUCUGCCACAAGCAAUCCGGCCUGCUGGGCGACAUCUCCAUCGACAACAGGCUGGCGCUGCAUAACACGCGGUUCCUGCGGCUCUGUGCUGAGGCAGAUCCACGUGUGAGGCCACUGGUGUAUGCUGUGAGGCUGUGGGCAAAGCAGCAGGGGCUGGCAGGAAACCCCGCCGGGGGGGGACCCCUCCUCACCAACUACGCGCUGACGCUGCUGGUGCUGUUCUUCCUGCAGACUUGCAGCCCCCCCGUGCUGCCCACAGUGGAGGAGCUGCGUGAGUUGGCAGGGCCGGACUGCCUCGUUGUGGAGUCAGGCUGGGACUGCAGCUUUCCCUGCGAUGCAGCGUUGCUGCAGCGCAGCUCCAACGGCCGCAGUGCUGGUUCCCUCCUGCCCGAAUUCUUCCACCUCUUUGGCUCCUUCCCCUUCACGACGCACUUCCCCUCCCUUCGCCACGGCCGCCCGCUGCCCCUCUCAGCCGCCGACCCCCUCCUCAAACGGACCCCCCUCACCCUCCCGGAUCCCUUUGAACUCAGCCACAACGUCGCCUCCAACGUCAGCCCCAAAGCAGCUCUGCGUUGGGGCCAAAGCUGCCGCGCGGCCGCCAAAUAUUGCCGCAGCCUUCAGUACAGCCACAAAUCCACCAAGGGUCGCUCCUGGGGUUUGCUGCGUCUCUUCCAACCCGGCGCCGUGGAACCUGGAGCCGGGGCUGGCUCAGCUUUCCUCAUCCCCAUCCCGUUGGAUGCUGCUGCUGGUGGUGGUGGUGGGUUGAAGGAGGUCCGUGCUGCCGUCCUCUUCGUGCUGAGGGACGUCCUGCGCUGCGCUGUGGGGCCGAAGGAGAGGGGGGUGGGGGAGAGUGGGGUGGACCGUGGGCUCUUGGAGGACUCUGAAUGCUUGGAGGACCCCAAAGGAGAUCCUACGGUUGACCUCAAGCUUUUGGGAGUUCCUGGAGUGGGCUCUGAUCUCUUGGAGGACUCUGAACUGUUGGAGGAUCACAAAUUGCAAGACCCCAAAGUCUUGGGAGCUCCUGGUAUGGACCCCAAAGUCUGGGAGGACCCCAAAGGUUUGGGAGCUCCUGGAACAAACCCCAAAGUCUUGGAGGAGCCCAAAGACUUGGAUGAUUCCAAAUUGCAAGACCCCAAAGUCAUGGGAGCUCCUGGAAUGGAGCCGAAAGUCUUGGAGGACUGCAAAGGAUCUCCUACAGCAGACCCCAAAAUUUUGGAAGUUUCUGGAAUGGAUCCCAAAGUCUUGGAAGAGCCCAAAUUGCAAGACCUCAGAGUCCUGGGCACUCCUGGAAUAAACCCUGAACUCUUGGAAGACCCCAAAGGUUUGGAAGCUCCUGCAGUGAACCCCGAACUUUUGGGGGGCCCCCAACUCCUGGAGGACCCCAAAUUGCAAGACCCUGAAGUCAUGGGAACUCCUGGAAUGGACCCCAAACCCAUGGAGGAGGACCCCAAACUGAUGGAAGUUUCAGGAAUGGAUCCCAACAUCCCAGAGCUGCCCCCACCAGUGGGUUCCAAACGGCCCCAACCCAAAGGGACGAACGGCACCGCAGCCCCCGCCACCAAACGGCAGCGGGUGAACGACCCCCAGGAGGAGGAGAAGGAGGGGGAGGAGGAGGAGGAGGAGGAGGAGGAGGAAGCAGCACGUUGGAGCUGCACCGUGUGGCACCGCGUGUGGACCGGGCGCCGGCGCCUCCGCCGUCAACUGCGGCACCAGGAUGGCACCAGUGGGGUCCAUGGGGACACCAGUAGGAUCCAUAGGGACACCAGUGGGCCCCAACAUGGGGAUGGGGGCACCAAUGGGCUCCUUGGGGUUGGUGGCACCAGUGAGUGCCAUGGGGACACCAGUAGGGGCCGUGGGGACAACAGUGAGUCCCAAGGUGGGAAUGGGGGCAACAAUGGGUUCCAUGGGAGCACCAGUAGGAUCUAUGGGGACACCAGUGGGCCCCAACAUGAGGAUGGGGACACCAGUGGGUUCAAUGGGGACACCGGUACGGGCCAUGGGGACAGCAGUGGGCUCCAACUUGGGGUCGGUGGCACCAGUGAGCUCCAUGGGGACAUCAGUGGGACCCAACAUGGGGAUGGGGACAGCAGUGGGCUCCAAGGUGGGGAUGGGGACACCAAUGGGCUCCAUGGGGCUGAGGGCAGGAGUGAGCUCCAAAGUGGGGACACUGAUGUGUUCUGUGGGGAUGAGGACCCCAACGAGCUCCAAGAUGGGGACCCCAGCGGUUCCCCUGAGGACCUGGACUUGGAGCAGAAGGUGACAGCCGCCAUCUUGCAGCAAAAUGGCGCCUCUCGACCUGCAGAGCCGCUGCUCCGUUUCGACGCCGACGUCCGGCUGACAGCGGGGGGACAACGGGCGCUGCUCCGCCUGACCCCCACCCCGGGGCCGGGGCCACUUUUUAGGGAUUUUUUCCAUUUUUUGAGGGUUUUUCUGCCCCCGAUGGUGCGGAGGAGGAUGGGGUGGAGCUGGGGGGGGGACAAUAAAUAAGUGAUGUUUGGA